CUGCCAACAGCCGGUAUCUUGCAAACAUAUACUAGAUAAAGUAGUAGAGCUGGUAAUUGUCAGCGAAACCAGAGUGAUUGGUCAUCUGUUGUGACUAUUUGUUUUAUGACUAGUGUCUGGUCUUUAGCAACCUACUAACCUGGGGCAAAAUAGAACGAGUCCCAUUUCGAACGCAAACAAGACAGACGAGAGACAGUCAGCAGUUGCAGUACGCUCGCACUAGCACGCAACAUCGACAGCAGCCAGCUGAUUAGCUAGCUACCGUUAGCUAGAUAGCAAUUUGUGCAACAUCAAAAAUGUCGGAGGACCUUGAAACCGGCGAAGAUCCAACUGUGGUGAAAAUGGAGGAGGACGGAGAGGCUAGCACCGAAGAACAGACGCCGACGGUUACAGAGGGAGGCCAGGCAGGAGAAUCCGAGGGAUCAAAGAUUGAUGCCAGCAAAAACGAAGAGGAUGAGGGGUGAGUGAGACCGCUAACUAGCUAGCCUAACGUUAGAUAACUGUCGUUCCCUAUAUGGCUAGCUAGUUAGCUCUGCUUUGAAGAAGGGACAAGUAGCUAAUUGUUAUAAUUUGGACAUUUCCUAGCGUCGUUGGCAAAGUUAAAUGAGGAAUAACUUGAGUUGAAUGCCAGUACCUAAAUGUUAGACAGGGUGCUGAUGAUGGAGGGAUGGAUGAUCCCUUCGGGCGGGUCAGUCAGGUCAGCAGCAUCACUGUCUCUCCCUGUUGUUGUGGAUGUCAUCCUUCAGCUCUCAGGCGACCAGAACCUUCCAUUUAGCUUCCAUAGGCAGAUGGUGCUUGCUGGAUUUAGAGUUGUGAAUGUGAGAAAUGGAUGUAGAAAUAUGAUACUGCUAGGCAAAUGCUGAGGUGCCCUAGGGAUGCUGUCUCUGGGUAAGUUUUAGUGACGACCUGGGAGAUUGCUGUUAGUUAAAUCAUCCACCACAAACAUACAGCUUGUAAAAGCUACAGCAUUAUCAAAUGAUGAUUUGCUAAUUGUCAUAAUCAUAGCUAUAAUGAUAACAUUGACCCUAAACUAGGACGUUGCUAUGUUCCCUCUCUAAAGGCUUUGACUCCUUCUUGCCUACUGAUGGGUGAAAGGAAAGCAGAUGAGAAAAGGAAAAUAUUAGAGAGAAUUGGAACACAGUCGCAGUCCUUGUGUUGCGAAUUUGUAUGCAGAAUUUAAAUGUCUGUGUAUCUGUCUCUAAAUGCAGGAAAAUGUUUGUUGGUGGUCUGAGCUGGGACACAACAAAGAAGGAUUUGAAGGAUUACUUCUCCAAGUUUGGGGAGGUGGUAGACUGCACCCUGAAGCUUGACCCCAUGACAGGCCGAUCCCGGGGGUUCGGCUUUGUCCUGUUUAAAGCAGCUAACAGCGUUGAUAAGGUAUUCCUGAUUGUGUUCAAUGGUAUUGAUAAUGCUGGAUGAUUGUGAUAUAUUAUCUCUAUCUCUUAUAUAGUGUGAAUAUGGCAUUACAUUUACAUUUGAGUCAUUUAGCAGACGCUGUUAUCCAGAGUGACUUACAGGAGCAAUUAGGGUUAAGUGCCUUGCUCAAGGGCACAUCAACAGAUUUUUCACCUAGUCGGCUCAGGGAUUCGGAUUCGAACCAGCAAUGUUUUGGUUACUGUCCCAACACUCUUAACCACUAUGGCAUGGCAGCAAUGGGAUGGAAAUCUUUUCUGCUCUAUCAGUUUCUUUAUUAUAAUUAUGUUUUGUCUGUGGCUUGCCUCUGGUAGGUGGUCUUACAGAAGGACCACAAGCUGAAUGGGAAGGUGAUCGACCCUAAGAAGGCCAAGGCCAUGAAGAACAAGGAGCCCAUCAGAAAGGUCUUUGUAGGAGGUCUUUCUCCAGACACUCCAGAGGAGAAGAUCAGAGAAUACUUUGGUGCCUUUGGAGAGGUAGGCUACUACAGUAUAUAUUUUUAAAUGUUACGUUCUCAGAUGUUCUGUAGAGUUUGCUAAUCUGGGUGCCAUUCUGAAUGAUCGGAUCAGACCAAACUAGUUAUCGGAACGAGCUGAUAUUGAGCGUUCAUUUCCUCACAGUCUAUGUGUGCAAGUCGACAAGCCUUCUAAACAUUGAAACCUUGCUGAAUAAGAGGUUAUUCUAUUCCUGUGUUGUCUGUGUUAACAGGUGGAGUCCAUUGAGCUCCCCAUGGAAACAAAAACCAACAAGAGACGAGGCUUCUGCUUCAUCACCUUCAAAGAGGAGGAGAGAGUGAAGAAGAUCAUGGAGAAAAAGUACCAUAAUAUAGGAUUAAGCAAGGUACAGUACAUGUCUUACCCUGCUAAUACUUCCCACAGAAUGUUUGGUAGUUCAAAACAAGUUUUACUUUGCCUUCAAUGCAUGUUUUUCAGAUGGCAUUUCCUUACCAGGUCCAGUUGGUGAUCUAUUAGUAUUAUUAUUAGUACUAUUAAUGAGAAUGCACUGCAGUGUAAUGUCAGUCAGAGUUUAAAGCAUGAAUAUGGAAAUGUUUUAUUCCUGUCUUCAGUGUGAGAUUAAGGUAGCCAUGUCCAAGGAGCAGUACCAGCAGCAGCACUGGGGGGGAGGAGGCAGAGGGGGAUACCCCUCCAGGCCUCCAGGCAGACAGGGUAAGUUGGCUGGAUAGAAUUGGUAGUUUCCUGCACCAAUAUUUUGCAUAUAGCGAGUAAUACUGUAUUACAUUUGAGUAAUGAUAUGUAUGAUGUUGUUUGUUAAAUCAUAUGUUUUUGUGGUCAAUUCAAUAAUACCAAAUGGCCAAUCUGUUGUAUUUCAGGACCCAAUCAGAAUUGGAACCAGGGAUAUGGCAACUACUGGAACCAAGGUUACGGCAACAACUACGGCAAUUAUGGCUACAACAACCAAGGCUACGGUGGCUAUGAUUACUCUGGUUACAACAACUAUUACGGCGGAUAUGGUGACUACAGCAGUAUGUCAUAUUUUUGGUGAAAGCACACCUUUAAGAGAAUGAUGUACUUAUUAAGUAUGUAAAUAACAUGUAUGGAUAAUUUGACAAUAAUGCACUUUUUUUAUCUUUAAUCUUCAACUUCUUGCUUUGUAUUGAUUAAUUAUAUGGUUUUAGUAUUUGAGUGAAAUUCCAUCAUGCUGUACAUGCUGUAAAUAAAUAAAUAAAAAAUGACAUUAACCUCUACGGGAUCGGUGUCCCGUAUACGGACGGUUGAGCUAAUGUGCGCUAAUGUGAUUAGCAUGACUGUUGUAAGUAACAGCACACUUUCCAGGACAUAGACAUGUCUUAUAUGGGCAGAAAGCUUAAAUUCUUGUUAAUCUAACUGCACUGUCCAAUUUACAGUAGCUAUUACAGUGAAAAAAUGCCAUGCUAUUGUUUGAGGAGAGUGCACAACAACAAAAAACGUAUCACGGCAACUGGUUUGAUACAUUCACCUCUGAAGGUAAAUAAUGUUAUUACAUCCCCGGGACCACCCAUACGUAAAAAUUUAUGCGCACAUGACUGUAAGUCGCUUUGGAUAAAAGCGUCUGCUAAAUGGCUUAUUAUUAUUAUUAUUCAGUAAUCUUGCUCUGAUUUGUCAUCCUAAGGGUCCCAGAGAUAAAAUGUAGCAUAGUUUAGUUUGAUGAAAUCCAUUUUUAUAUUCAAAUGUAGGAACUGGGUUCUACAGUUUGAACCCCUGCUGUCUCUGGCUCCACACCCACCCCGCCCGGCCAUCUAGAUGUGUGAAAGUUAGUGUAUAAGCAAAUGAUCCAUCAUGCAUAUCAUUUUUGUAUGCUCUCUAUAGUUAUGUACUUAAAUGUAUCAAUUGACCAACUCGGCACAUUUGGGCAGGCUUGAUACAAAAUAGUCCAGUAUUGCAAUGCUUCACUGGAUCAAUCUGAUACUUUGCACACACUGCUGUCAUCUAGUGGCCAAAAUCUAAAUUGCGCCUAAACUGCAAUAUUAUAUAUUGUGGUCUUUCUCUUGCAUUUCAAAGAUGAUGGAACAACAACAAAAUUAGAAAACGCAUGUUUUUUUUGUUUAUAUUAUGUUUUACCAGAUCUAAUGUGUUAUAUUCUCCUACAUUAAUUUCACACUUCCACAAACUUCAAAGUGUUUCCUUUCAAAUGGUAUCAAGAAUAUGCAUAUCCUUGCUUCAGGUCCUGAGCUACAGGCAGUUAGAUUUGGGUAUGUCCUUUUAGGCGAAAAUUGAAAAAAGGGUCCGAUCCUUAAGAGGUUAAAGCCAACAAUAUUGUUAAAAAUGCAUUAACUUUAUUCAUUGUUUUCCGUUUCCUAAAUUACUAAAUAUUCAACACAACAAAUGAAAUAUGUAAUGAAAAUCACAGAUUUUGAAUAUGUACUAUCUUAUCUAAGAGUUAGAACUAUCAUAUAUUCAUAUAAUGAUGUUUUCUCUCUGUGUGUGUGUUUGUGUCCAAUCAGCAGACCAGCAGGGUGGUUACGGGAAGUCCCCCAGGCGAGGUGGUCACCAAAACAAUUACAAGCCGUAUUGAUGUAACAGAAGUUCCACACACAGGUAUGUUUUAUAAGUCACCUACAACAAACUUAGAUAAAGUGCAAUGUAUCUACCUCUGUAUAAUAAUAAUAAACCCUCAUAAUGUUUUUCUCUUUAUAGUUUUUCACAGCACCUGAAAAGUGCUUUACAGUAGUCUUAACAUAGAGGCUACAGUCUUUUUGUGGUGAAUUAUUUCUGCUGCCUCUUAUGAGCCAUUUUGUAACUGUAAAGUUAACAGGUAUAGUACUACUAUUACCACAGUAAAAUGGAUACCAAGAGUUAAGGAUUUACAAGGGAAAAGAGAGAGAAAAUAAUAAUGUUGUCUCCUAACUCUGACAUAUACCUUGUUUGUACCUGCCAGCGGAGCUUCCUUGCAGGCCAUGAGCUGACCUCCCCGGUACUCUCUGGCCCGCUCAAUGCGGACCGGGUACGAGAGGCGUACGCUCUCGAAUGCUGCCAUUUGGUAUGGUCUUCCAACAUCCUGUCUCAGCAUUGUAAAUAAAAACUAAGUGGGACAUGUCCGGCUUUGUUCACUUCUUUAUUUUCAUUUGUUUGAUAUCUGUAAUGUGCUUUUUUGUAAUGUAAAAAUUAAAUACAACUUAUGUAAUUUUAAUGCAAUUUUUUACAGGCCCUUACUCCCCUGCCAAGUAAUGGUAAAUUACAACAUGAUACUGAGAAAAUAACUAUUUACUUUUCAAAGGACACGGCUUUCUCUGGACUUUCCAGUAUCUUUUUCAUUCCUAAUCAUACCUGUAAUUCUUGCUUUUCUUUAUUUAGCGCUUGUAGCAGUAAUAGCCAGUAGUCCAUGAGCUAAAACCUGGUUUGUACUUGGAUGCUACUGUGUUGGAGAAGUGCGAUAUUUUUGUACUUGUAUUGUUUGCUUGUGUUACUGACAGCGGUGGGAAAGCUUCUCCUUUAAACGUUAAUUUCCUCUAACAAAAUUCUCUUUUUAACCUUUUGAGAAAGUAUCAAAGUAUCUCUACGUUUCCUGGAAAUUUGCAUGUAAUGCUUUCUUUAAUGUGUGUCUUUUUGACCAAUUGAAGGCUUUACUUAUUGGUUUUGUAUUUGGGCUUUGAACUCUUUAAUUUGUCACACUUCAGGAUUUCUAGCUUAUGGACUAACUUCUUUUUAAUUCUUAAUUGUAAAACAUAUUUUUAUCUAUUGCAUUAUGUUUUCUUAAUGGAAAUCGUAAAGACGGGAUUCCUUUGACAUUUAGUUAUAGCCCUUCUAGUGUGCAGUAACCUUCAUCAUUAACAGUUUGACUUGUUUUGUCUUUUUCAGGAUGGAAGAUUGAAGGAUAUCUUCUGAAGGAGCGUUGGCAGACGAAGUGACAGGUUUCAGUCAAGAGUUUCCUUUAUUAUGGACGGUUUGAGACAGGACAAAGUCAGAGUAUUCAGUUGAUCUACGUACAUUGAAUUUAUGUUCAGUGUUGUAUUUUGUUGUUUCUUGCAAAGCUUUUAAAAGUUUCCUAUUCGUCUUGUAUUGAGUUGUACUGUAUGAAAGGAAUAUAUGCAGAAUUAUAUUUAAGAGUUGAUUAGUCACUUACGCUCAGUGUUAUCCCUUUUGUUAAAUGUGUGUUAUAUUCUACAGUGAGGGAAAAAAGUAUU